AUGGAGCACACUUCCAAGCCUAUACAGCUUGAUGGUUGGACCGGAGAGGGUGGUGGCCAGGUUCUGCGUGUGGCCGUCGCGCUCGCAGCCGUUACGUCGCAGCCGGUGACAGUAUCCGAAAUCAGGGGUAAUCGUCUGAAGUCGCAGCACGCCACCUCCAUCCAGUACCUGGCCGCCGCAACAGCUGCCACCACUACGAGCUUGGCCGUCGGCGCGAGAUGCCUCACCUUCUCUCCGACCCUGCCACCAGCCGACCUCGCACAGCGUCACAUCGCCAUCACUCCCGAGUCGCCCGGCGCCAGCGCCCUCCUCAUCCUCCAGGCCCUGCUGCCUUUCCUCAUCUUCGCCGCGGGCGACCCCAUCACCCUCGAUAUCGCCGCCGGCACCAAUGUCAGCUUCUCCCUCUCCUGGGACUACGCCGACCAGGUCCUCCUCCCAGCUCUCGAGUCCCGCUUCGGCAUCAGCGUGACACGCACGCUGAUCCGGCGCGGCUGGUCCCUCGGACCCCCGAGCCGCGGCGCCAUCCGCUUCGGCAUCACGCCCCUGGAAAGGGGCGAGAAGCUGCGCCCGCGACAGCAGCAGCCGCCCGAGCACACAAGAGCGUGUCGGGGUGUAACAGCCGUCGAUGUCACGAUCCUGGCGCCGCGCCAUCUGCACGGGGACCUGCAGGCCGGGCUGGUCGAGCAGGUCAGCAACCGCCUGCCCGCUUCCGAGGUCGUCUUCCGCACCGUGGAGGACUCGGGCCACAAUGCGCGCGUCUACGUGCUCCUCGUGGCACGGUCGGCUGGCGGCCUGCGUUGGGGGCGGGAUGUUCUCACGUCGACGCCCCAAGGGGGCAAAAGCAAGGGGCGGGCGAGGGCCAAGGAGGGGGAUUUUCCGACGGCACUUUCGAGGAAACUGGUGGUGGAGCUGGCGCGGGAGGUCGAACGGCCUGGCGUCUGCGAUGAGUACUUGCAGGAUCAGCUCGUUGUGUUCCAGGCACUUGCGAGGGGCAAACAGUCAUCCGAAGAGACGAUGCCUCAGUGGAGGGAGAGUCGUCGACAGUCAAGCUACGCAGGCGAUCGAGGGGCUCGAGAUCGGAGAUCGGCGGAGGAGGGACAAGGCAACCGACCCUUCGGGCAGGGAAGCUUACACUCGCAAACGGCAAGAUGGGUCGCCUCAGAAAUGCUGCCGGUCGUCAAGUGGUACAACAAGGGAACAAUCUGUGAAGGGGCAGGGGUGAGUGCCAAAAAUAGCAGCUUGUGA